AUGCAAUCACAUCAAGAACACGGUGAAUCGGAGGAAGCCGAUUAUUCCAUUCUUCCAAUGGAUGUCAUUCUGGAAAUUUAUUCCUUUCUCACAUUAAAAAAGAAACAAUUCGAAACUUUACAAUCAAAUGCUAAUUUACUACAUAUUCUUUUCGGAUAUAAAAAUUGGGAUUCUAAUAGAUUAAUUUAUUUUUUGUAUAAACAUUUUCAUAUUAAAUCCAAGUUGGAAAUUGAUAAUUAUUUAAUCAAUUCGAUAUUUAAAUUAGCGACUGGAAUUAAAAUUGAACAAUUUCAGAUUCGGGAUGAAAAUUGUUUGGCCCUUGAGAAGAAUCAACAAUUGAAGAGAUUUGUUUAUACAGGAAGUCAAAAACACUUCAAUUCUAAUAUGUGUGAAUCAUUAUCUCAUUGUAAAUCUUUGAGAUUUUUAAAGUUGAACACUGUCUAUGACACUUCCUUCAAGAUUUUAUUUAAUACUUUACCUAAAUUAAGAUUUUUAUAUGUAUCUACUGGAUUCCAAACUCAAAAUUUAGUUGAUUUUAAUUUUGAUGGAAUUGUUUAUGAGGAUUCAGAAUUGAGACAAAUAGUAUUAUCAUCAAUUUAUGGAUUUUCUGAUGAACAUCAAUUAUGUAAUUUAUUCAAGUUUCCUAAAUUGGUUAUUCUCUAUCUGGAAAAUCAAAAUAUUACAAAAGAAUCAUUUAAAUUUGCUUAUCUGAACUGUAAAGAAUUAUGUUUUGAUAAGUGUUACAAAUUGACUGACGUUGGAGCUAAUGCCUUGUCUAAAACUAAUUGCCCAAAUUUGGAAACUUUGAAAUUGUCAGCGUGUUCAAUAAGAAGCCAAGGACUAAAGUCACUAUUCCAUCCAAACAAUGCUCAAUUGUUGAAUCAGCUUAAAUACUUGGAAAUGAGCAAGAAUUUGAUGGUUGGAACUGCUUUACAAAAUUUAAAAAAUUUCCAAUUUGAUAAUUUGGAAACUGUUGAUUUCAAUUAUUGUUCAAACCUUUCAGAUGUUGGUGUCAAGACACUUGUCAAAUCAAUAUGUAAAACUGUCAAGAUUUUGAAAUUGAAUCAGUGUGGAAUAACCUUUGAUGGAUUUAGUUAUAUUUUAGAAAAUUGUUCUAAACUUCACAAACUUCAACUUGUAUCCAAUGCCAUAACAUUCCCAAACGUUGGAGAUGAUAAUUAUAUUACCAUAGAUCCAAGUAGAUAUGAAAACUUGAAAUUAAUCAAAUUGGAAGAUAACAAAAUUACCAACAUUGAUUGGUUAUUAGAACAUUUACCUAAAAAAUUGGAUUUCCUCAAUUUGAGUGCCAACCCAAUUGGAAAUCAAGAAGCCAAAAGGAUUAUUGCUCAUCCAUGUGAGAUUACCUAUCUCACUCUUGAGAAAUGUAACUUGACUGAUGAAUUUAUAUUGGAAACUAAAUUAUCUCAAGAACAAAUUCCAUGUUUACAAGCAUUCAGAGUUAUUGGAAAUGAUUUUACAGAUGAUGCCAUUCAAAAACUCAUUGAACAACAACCUCAACUCACCAGACUAUUCCUAAGUGGAAAUGCACGCCUCACAAAUAAGACCAUUGAUACAAUUGUAAACUCCAAACUUGAAUUACAAGUUUUAUGGUUGGAAAAGUGUCCUCUCAUUUCCAAAGAAAAACAAAAGGAAUGUAGUGCAAAGUAUGAUAUUGUCAGAUUUUAA